AUGGGCCGCGGAGUGGAUGACAAUAAGGGGAAUCUGCUCAUGGCUCUCCAGGCGGUAGAGGCUUACUUGAAGACAGGGGGGCUGCCGAUAAACGUGAAGUUUCUGUUUGAGGCGGAGGAGGAGACGGGAAGCGCGAAUUUGGCGCACCUGCUGCGGAGGAAGAGGAAGCUGCUGGCAGCUGACCUGGCAGUUUCCAGCGAUGGCGGCCAGGUCAGCGCAACGCAGGGUGGCAUCCCCAUCAGCAUGCGCGGUCGAGUGUCAUUCGAGGUGGAUGCUGUCACAGCCUCCCACGACGCACACUCAGGUUUUGUGGGAGGCUCAGUGCCAAAUGCGGUGCAUGCCCUCCUUAGCGUCCUCUCUUCUCUGCACCUGCCCAAUGGCAGCAUUGCUGUGGAAGGCUUUUACAACGGGGUGAGGGAGAUAAGUGAGGAGGACCAGCAAGAUCUUGCUGCAUUCCCCUUUGAUGAAGACAGUGAGGUCGCCAACCUUGGGCUGAAAACGCACCAUGGGGAGGAUGGGUAUUCCACCCUGGAGAGGCGGUGGUUGAGACCCUCGUUGGAGAUUGUGGGGAUUGGCGGUGGACACACAGGGGAGGGAAUGCGAGGCCUGGUGACCUCAAAAGCCAGCGCUAAGGUCAUGUGCAGGCUGGUGGCCGAUCAGAAUGCGACAGCUGUCCUUGAGGCGGUCGAACGUCACAUGACUAAGCAUGUGCCCCCGUAUGCGCACAUCAGCUUCCGCGCAGUUGCCCAGCAGGGCCGCCUGGUGACAGAGCCCUACCGCAUGCCCAAGGACAGCCUCGGGAACCGUGCUGCUGCCAAGGUGCUGAAGGAGGUGAUGGGCAGUGAUGUGCUCUGGUACAUGGAGGGCCACUCGGUGGCAUGUGUCAACCAGUUCCGGGAAUUCCUUGGGAUUUUCACCACCCAAUUUGGCUUUGGCGUCACGGACUACGAAGCACAAUCCGAGAUGGACGGAGCAUAUAGAAAUGACGAGAGGUAA